AAAAAAAAAUGAACAGUAAAAGUCGAUUUACUUUAAUUAAGGAAUUUGUAACAUAUUUCUUAAAUGUUUUUCCAACACAUAGAAUUUAAUUUGUCCAAAAAAAAUGUGACUGUAUAUGAGAUAGUUUUUUCACAAGACGAUCUAGCAAUUCAAAGACUGCGCAAUAUAUUCAUCACUGAAUAAAAUCAGCAUUUAUAGGGUUGCUUCAUCACACUUUUGAAGUAAUCUUUAAAUAUCUUCGAUAAGAUUAUUAUCAACAUCGGUCCUUGACUGAUCCUCGGCCUGGAGUGACGCAUAGCUUCCGGUUUUAAAGGUAAGUACAAUAAGGUGAGCGCGCUGGCUUUUUGGCAUUGUUGGGAUGUGAAAACAGUUUUUCUCUCGUAGGCGACAUCUCUUUCUUCCAAGUUAGACCGUAAACCAUCGAACAGCUCGAGUUAUGUUUGCCAUCUUUAUCUUGUGUAGAUUGAUACUUUCCUGUAAGGGGAUUUCUGGGAAACCUUUUGCAUUAAUGUCUAGAUUCAUAUAUGCGACUUAUGCCAAACUGGCAUGAGACCAGUCUCCGGUAAUACCUUAGUGGGUAAUAUAUUUGCCUGCUGCACUCAGCGACGUUGCGGCCUAAGUUUGAACCUAGGCAUGGAUACACUUCGUUGCGUGCUGGGAGCCAGCCAUCUGGUGAAAUGUCUAGCGGCGACACCGGACGACAACCUCAAAACACAAAGCCGUAUAAUACUAGCCUUGCUAGCUACCGCUUCAGGUAGUAUCGGGGUAAGUACUCACACUUUAAUAAUCUGCUGCUGUAAUCGUUCGGCGAAAAAAUAACGAGUUUCACGUUUGUUUUAUCACCUCUACCAUGUACCUCCUAGGCAGCAUAUAUAUACGUGUAUACGUAUAUAUGGAUAUACAAUACUUUUACUUCGGUCAGAAGUGGUCGCAGUAAAAAAAAGCAGCCUGUUGUGCGAAAUGGUGGCGCAAACUAAGCUGGGUGACCAUUCUUCAUCCAACGCUGUUACUCGUUACCGUUAGUUCUUUCCCUCCAUCUCUCGCAAGCCGCAUCAUCAUUUCAAAACAAUCAUUCUGUCAGAGAACGGUUCCCGCUCAGCUACCACUUGGUCGACUGUGGUGCUCCGCCGUCUUGCUUUACUCAGUUGCUAUUUGUUUGGCCUUCUCGCUGAAUCGACCCUCCCCACUUGUCGCCUGCGAGCGCGUAUGUGAUCCAGUCAGUGCAGGUGUCGCCACUUAUUUGUAUGACAUUUCAAGGUAUCGGCCCAGAGGCAAAAAAAGCUGUAAAGGGUUUUCGUGCUCCAGUAACCAACCGUAGCGUUCUCACAGACCGACGGCACGUCAGACAGCAAGGACAGUUUUUUUGGAAAAUAAUUGUACAUGCUAAGGUCAACAGUGCAGUAUUCGACAGUAUAGUGUUUGUUCAUCGACGCCCGAAUACCGUCAGGAGCUGCGCCGCGAUAGUUGUUGCUGUAGUAAUGGCGGGGCAGUUCUGACCGCGACGUCGACGUCGACAAGAUGGCGCCCCAUGCGUUGCGAUAGAUAACACGUACGAAAAUAUCGACGAGCGGUUAACCCCUCGGCAGCUUGCGAUACAGGUGGCAUGGUGAUCGCUAGCCCACCAUCAGCUUCUCCUUCAAGUAAUAGACUCCAUAUUCAGGAAAAAUGUGUUUAGGUAGGUUCGUGUUUGGUUUUGUCGACAGCCCGUGAUUGUGCGAUUGGCUGGCCACUCAUUGUAAACAACCGAGUAGCUCAUGUCGAAAGAUUGUAUCGUUAUCUGUUAUUGUGGUAUGACAGAACGAUCGGGCAAAGAGUCGCAGAGUUCUUUUGUGUAGACGUUCAGUGCGAUCGUGAACUUUGUUCGAUGCCUGUCUCGCUGACCACAACAGUGUGGUAAUAGGAUCUACAACCAAAAAGAGAUUCAAAUGAACUGAAGCUACAUUAUUCUAGAGCAAUAGCCGGGUGGGAAAGUGUAACCGAGAGCGUCGACCAGACAUUACAGACAUUAUUACUAACACAACAGGAAUUAGUGUGAAGAGCGAUCGGAGUGUGAUUACAUUACGAACUCUCGGUAUCUUCCACUCUCGGGCGGCAAAAAAUAGAAUAUCGACAAAAAUGCUGCUAGAAUCCGUUGGCAAUAAAAAUUCAUGCUUUAAAAACGGUGACGCUAACAUCUGACAUUUAAAUAUGUGAUUGGGGAGAAUGUGUUUAAUACGAGAAAAAGUAUUUUGCGCGCUCAUUGAUAUAGCGUUCCAGAUACGCGCUGCAUGCUAUUGAAGUGUUUAUAUGCACAGUAACCAAUUGGCAGAUGGGAGAUCUUGUAUACGGGACGCUUUUAGCACAGCUUCGCUCGUAACUGCUCAACGCUAGCGCUUAUGUUCUGUUCUGGCACCUACAACCAUCUCGAAACUUUACACACUGUUGACUUUACCUUAUGAUUACCAUUGGCGCAAGAUGUCCGUCGAAGACCGAUUCAACGCCGCCGUGCAGAUCAUUCGAAAUUUGCCAAAAAAUGGCAGCUUCCAGCCGCCAUACGCCAUGCAACUAACUUUCUAUUCACACUAUAAGCAGGCGACUGAAGGUUCAUGCAAAGGUUCGCGGCCAUCUUUCUGGGAUGUUGUUGGUCGGGCCAAAUACGAUGCCUGGAACGGACUCCGGUCGAUGACAAAGGAAGAAGCGAUGGAGAAAUACGUUAGUGAAUUCGUGUCAACAAUCAAGCAACUUCAGUGCAAAGCCAGCCCCGAAGAAGUAAAAGAGGCACUGUCGUACUCCGAACCAAAGCAUAUCGCCCUUUUUCGACCGCUUCUCGGCGACAUUACGUGUCUUGACAACGUACCCAAUGAAUUUCACAAGCUAGUUGGAGAUGGCAAUGCCGCUGAUGACGCUGAACGCCACUCGGAAGAUGACAUAGAGAAGCUCGAUGGCGAUCACGAUACGGACGGCGAAGACUAUUCCGAUACGUUCAAUCAUGUCCAGGAGGACGGUCCUGGCCAAGCCGAAAUCGUCAACGGCCAUUCAGUGCAGUAUCAGAAUAUGAAAAAUAAUAACAACAAUAAUAAUCACAUCAAGGCUGGCGGUGGUGACCCAAACAGUUAUCCUCCGCCGCCCAUUGCCCCGUAUAUGGGCUCUAACAGGGAACCGUUUCCAGGGGGCGGAGUGCCGCCGGUGUCGUCGUCGAGGGGUGGCUGGAUCGCAGGGGAGUCUUCGUUAGGCUUUUCUGCUGGAGAUUCGUUUACAGCGGAAAGAGCUCCCAGCGGUGGAGGUCGACAACCUAAUAACGCCGACGCAUUCAGCCGAAUACAACCAGUAGAUAACCUUUCAUACGCAGUCGUACGUCUUCAGUACACAAUGGAUGAGGUAGUCCGACGCCUGGAUAACCUCGAACGUACUCUACAGGAACGCCGACGGGCAAACCGUUGGUCGCUUCUAGGCGGAAUCCAGCCACAUACCCUUGCAGCGAUUUUACUUUGGCCUGUGCUCGUACAAUUCGUGUUAUACCUUCUGCAUCGACGGAGGUUGCGACUUCGUCUUAAGUAAACGAUGAUAAACAGAAUCUUAAUUCUUUUGUCACUAGUAUAUACUUUGCACGCCAUAUGAACAAAGAAUAAUUUCGAAGGAAAGUUUUGUCCGAAAACGACACCCAAUCAUGAAAAAAUUAUUGUCCUUAUGAAUAUAUUUUCGUAAAACACAGACGUAUUUGCCAGAAUGGCGAUAUACCAGCCAGUCAUUGUUAAGUGCGGUACAGUGAAACAGUGUCUAUAUGUUAUCUCGGAGUCUGUUCAAGGCAAAUUUAGCCACAGCGCAGUGUGAUAUGAAUAAGCAACGAGAAACAAAACACUAUACGGUGCGUUCUAUUUUGCCGUUUAAAGAUAUCUACAAACGCUCAGCGCUCAGUUAAGACCAACUCCAAACAACAAAGCUUUCAUUCAAGCUCGUAUGAGCUAUGAUGAUACAUCGAUGUUUUAACGGCGGUGACAUGAAUUGCCAGGGCAUGCCAAAGCGGCCAAGAUUGAUCCAACCCACUUUUUGAUGACCGCUUAAGUUUUUCACAAGCUCAUUAUUUCUUCGAAGCACCAACAAUAACAAGAAUAGGGCCAAGAACACUGCUAAGCAGGAAAACGACCGCCCUAAACGACUACUAAAAUUUUAUUAUAUUCCAUUGUGUCUCUGCUGUUCGUGGAGGUUACAUAUAUACCCACAAUGCCGAUGUGUGCAUUUCUAGACUACAAAGUGUCCCUUCAGCCAGCGGGAAAAUACUUUUCCCAUUAAACUACUAUAGGGACUAAUUUCUCUAUCUAAGCCAGGCGAACGCGCUGUAGAGGCUGAAUGGAUUUAGCACAUUUAACUUUCAGAAAAGGCCCUUAACAACUAAUAGGCCUGAAAAAUAUAUUAUAUUCAUACAUUAUAACUACUCUAUAUAUGAGUAGUUAUAAUCUUAAAAUGUAUGAUUAAUAAUAAACACUACCACGACAAAGAUGAGUAUCAUUUUUAGAGCAAGGAGGAUUGAGCUGAAUAUUAGUAUAUACUGCGCUGCUUCUUUUAGUUGAGCAUUACUAUAAAUGACAUAGUAGUAAAGAUAGCGAAGUAAGAUGACAAAGUCCAUGAUCAGAACGGCUCCAAAAAUAUGUCUUCUUUGAUAUGCUAGCAACUACUUAGAUGGAGAGAAAUGCUGCAAGAUGUUUCAGUUAGUGGCUCCUAAAUACGAGAUAAUUUGUGUGGACGGAGCUAUACGGAUGGAACUAAAUACAAUGAGAAAAUUAUAUAUACCUUACUACUUUUGGAAUAAAUCUGCGCUUCUACAGCUAUUGACGCGCAUUAUGUUGUUUCGUGUUUAGUGACGGCGAUGGCCGAAACUGUACACCUUAGAUGUCUAUGUUCUUAUUUACAAGCCUUUUCGUGAUCGUUUUCGACUUACAGAUAAAUUGGUACCCGCUAAAGAUUUGACAUUUAAUACACGCAAACCGUCGAGAUGUGAACUAAGUUUGAGUUUAAAAAGGCAAAAUAUUGAGAUUCACAGAUAGAUACAUUGAAACGUAUCUAUACUCACUAUAUGGAAAAACGGGCCACUCACUAUGUGGAAAAAACGACACUCUAAGCUGUCUUUCACUUUUAAUCCCAAAGGCGGCACUCCUUGCAAACAAUCAUUGUAUUUCUAUUUCGACGAAAAGAAGAAUAAAAGAUUAUAUACUAUAUAUUCUAUUAUUGCUUGUUUAGUUUAUUUUGAUGCCUUUGCACGCUGAAAUAGUUGAAUUAUAUUCAAUGAAAUCAUACGUAUAACUGGAGAUACAUACGAAGUACAUAAGUGGAAUCAAAAAGUAA